CCUCUCUCCUAAUGGUAUCGUAGCCUUUAUUAACUGGGAGCAUUCAAAAUGAAUCUCUAAUCAGUAAUCAGUAAUGAAGAUAAAAAUGUGUGCCUUGCUCUGCUUGCAUUAUAUGCGCACCGGCCGGCACCACAUCAUCGAUCUUUUAUGUCGUGUCUCUUACAACUACGUCUAUAUAUACCUAGCUGAUGUGAAGGGGCGAUCCUCUGUCUUCCUCUUCCUCUGCAAGAGAGCAGACAGGGAAAGAAUCAAGUUAGCAUAUAGUAUAACUGAUCAUGGCUGCAACGCCGAGGAGUAUCUAGUCAGGUAAAGUAUUAUUCCAUUUCCAGCCACAAGCAGUAAUAUAAAGCUCAAACUUGCACUGCAUCGUGCAUUGCAUUGCAGCGGAGGCACCAACCAAUGCAAGGUGUUUUCGUUGUGCAGCUGCAAGCAUUCGUGCGCGUUUUCGUUACGUUGUGACGAACUACAUACUGAUCAAGAUAGCCAGCCAGGUAGUCGCCGUGGACGAUGGGCGGUUUCAACCCACCGGUGCCGCAGCAGGAUAGCAACUGGGAGAUCAGGGUCGCCGUGCUGCUGAGCCUCCUCCUCCAGGUGGUCCUCAUCUUCCUCGGCCCCACGCGCAAGCGCUGCUCCGGCCCGUUGCCCCGCUUCGCCGUCUGGUCCUGCUACCUCCUCGCCGACUGGGUCGCCGACCUCACCCUCGGCCUCCUCCUCAACAACAUGGGCAGCAUCGGCGGCGGCGGCGGCAGCAGCAGCGUCGGCCUCAUCAAGAGAGGCGGCAGCGGCACAGCCGGCAACGACGCCUCCACCGGCAGCAGCAGCAGCAGCCCCAUCAUCUUCGCCUUCUGGACGCCGUUCCUGCUGCUCCACCUGGGCGGCCCGGACACCAUCACCGCCUACUCCGUCGAGGACAACGAGCUGUGGUUCCGGCACCUCGUCGGCCUCCUCUUCGAGCUCGUCUCCGCCGCCGUCGUCUUUUUCUGCUCCCUGCGCGGCAACCCCGUGAUCCACGCCACCGUGCUCGUGUUCGUCGCCGGCAUCAUCAAGUACGGCGAGCGCACCUACUCGCUCUACCGCGGCAGCCUCGAGAGGUUCCGUACAGACAUCCUCGGCCCCGCGGACCCAGGCCCCAACUAUGCCAGGCUCAUGACGGAGUCGGAAUCCAAGGAGAAGGCCGGCCUCAACGUGGAGAUCGCCAUACCCGACGACGGCGAGGCCAGCAAGGCGCAGAAGGAGAUGGAGGACCACGAGGUUGCACGCUUGGUGUCGGAGGAUAAGAACCUCGAGUUGCGGGCGUACGAGUUCUCCUCCAUGUUCCGUCGACUCUUCGUCGACCUCGACCUCGGCUACAUGGUGCGCCGGCUGAGCAGGGCCUUCUUGCUGGAACGCGAGGACAUGACGCCCCACGAGGCGUUCGAGGUGAUCGAGAUGGAGCUCAACUUCAUCUACGACAUGGUGUACACCAAGGCGCCCGUCGCGCACACAAGGGUUGGCUGGGUCCUCCGCUCCAUCUGCUCCGGCUGCCUCGUCGCCGCGCUCGUCAUCUUCUUCCGCCACCACAAGUCUGGCUUCAAGGGUGUCGACGUCGGCAUCACGUACGCGCUGCUCCUGGGAGGGCUGGCACUCGACGUGGCCGCGCUGGCCAUGAUCGUCUUCUCUGACCGCGCGGCGGUCUUCCUCCAGCAGUCCCGGCGGUUCAGGUGGCUAGCGGCGGCCAAGCGGAGGCGGAGGCGGAGGCGGCGCUGGUCGGGGACGACCUCGCAGCUCAACCUUAUCGGAUACUGCCUCGGCACACCGGACGACCAUUACAGUACUGGUGGUCGGUGCUGGUGGCACAGGGUGGCCAAGAUGCUGCGCGUCGACGGCGUCGAGGCCGGGAUCUUGGAAAACUUCAUCUUCAUCCGGCAAGUGCCACUCGGCGACCUCACCGCUCCUCUUCACCCCGACCGUCGCGGUCACCCCCUCUCGUUCGUCUUCUAUGGUGUCCAGGAUGUGGCCCGAGCCGUUGGCCAGGUGGCGUAUGACAACAAGAAGAAGGAGAUCAUGGAGGUGUGCAACCUCCGAGGCCAGGGCGCCAUCAAGCGCUUUGAGAAUGCCAUCAAGUGGGACGGGGAAGACAACCUCCAGAUCAUCAAGGACAGCGUGGACGAAAGCCGCGAGUUCGACGAGUCCCUGCUGCUGUGGCACAUCGCCACCGACCUGUGCCGCCACGAGGAUAGGGAAGGUCCGCCGGCGGAAGAAACCCCACGGUUUCGAGCCAUCGGCAAGACCCUGUCGGAGUACAUGCUGUACCUGCUGAUCAAGCAGCCGGAGAUGCUGUCGGCGACGGCGGGCAUCGGGCUGCUCCGGUACCGGGACACCUGCGCCGAGGCGCGGCGCUUCUUCGCGUCCAUGGACCAGUGGGUGGGCGGCUACCACGCCGACGCCCGGGAGCUGCUGCUGCGGGUCAACACGUCGCAGAGGCCGGCGGCGGUGAAGGGCGACCGGAGCAAAUCGGUGCUGUUCGACGCCGUCAUCCUGGCCAAGGCGCUCAGGGCGCUCGACGAGGACCUCAUGUGGGCGGUGGUCGAGGGGGUGUGGUUCGAGAUGCUCACGUUCGCGGCGGCCAAGUGCCGGGGCACCACGCAUGUGCGGCAGCUCAACCGUGGCGGCGAGCUCCUCACCCUCGUCUGGUUCCUCAUGGAGAACAUGGGGCUCAGCGAAAUGUACCAGGUGGGGCAGGAGAAGGAGCGCGUCGCCAAACUCAUCGUCCGGUAUUAAUUAGGCCGCCCGCAUUCUUAUUAAUGGGCAGGCAUUUCAUAUGUUCGUAUUCCAAGAACCAAGGAAUAAUGCCACACGUAUAAGCAGGAUGAUAUUAUAUUUAUAGUUAAAAUAACUUCACAUAAUUAAUGCACAGUUGCAUGUAUACAUGUUUAAUAAGAAUGACAUUUUCAUUGACAA